CUAUCUAUAGGAUUUUUGUUCUUCACCAUUUAACCAUUGCAAACAUUCCAUAGGCUUAUUUUAUUACCACUACUAGGGAGCUAGCAAGGAUGGUUGGGAUUUGAAAGCCUAUCUUGUAUCACUUCUCUGAAUCUAUCAUGGGAGCUACAACAAUUUGCUAUUUUAACCAAGAAGAUAGGUUCUUGGAGAAAAGCAUGAACUUGGUUGAUGAUUAUUAUUGGGUAGUCAACCAUAACACUGAUGGAAAGAUUGAACUUGAAAAUCUUCAGUUGAGGUAUACUCCUACCCUCCCUAUGGUUCUCAAAGGCAUAACUUGCACACUCCCAGGAGAAAAGAAAAUUCGAGUUGUUGGCGGACUUGGGAGUGGGAAGUCAACUUUAACCCAAGCUCUCUUUAGAGUGGUGGAACCAUGUGGUGGCCAGAUCCUCAUUGAUGCAGUACAUAUUUGUAGAAUAGGUGUGCAAGAUUUAAGGUUCAAAUUGGCUAUCAUUCUACAAGAUCCAACAUUGUUCCAUGGAAUCGUGAGGACAAAUCUAGAUACUUUACAAGAGCACAUAGAUGAAGAAAUGUGGGAGGAAAAAAAUUAGAACUUUUGGUUUUCUAAAAACAGUUAUUGAUGUAAUUUAACUUAGUUAAUCUGAUAAUCAGGUUCUCAACAAAUGCUGUCUAGUAGACAUGGUGAGGUAGGAUUAGCGGCUUCUUGAUGCUCUGGUAAAUUUCAUAACUAAAAAGUAGACUUCAAA